CCGACAGUUUAGAGGGCAGACGCAGGAAUUUGUACAACGAUCGUCUUAGCAGAUGCUCGCUCCGUAGGUAAACAAGUGUAGAAAAAGAGUAAAAGUAGAAGUGCAAAACUGUAAAACCAGGUGUGAAUAAAGUCUCUCUGACCGUAAAAAAUAGAGCCAUCUUCAGGGGUCUAGAAUCUCGCGAAUCGGAGGCUCGGACCACAGAGAUGGAGACGGAAAAGAGAAUUCUGAUGGGUCUCUGCUUCCUAAUGAUUCUAUCCGGUGUGAGAUCUUGGACAGGUGAAAUCCGUGGCAGAGUUGUCUGUGAUGUCUGCGGGGAUUCUACUAUUGGACCUGAAGACCAUGUUUUGGAAGGCGCAGAGGUAGCUGUUCUUUGCAUAACGAAAUCUGGAGAAGUGCUCAAUUAUCAGGCAUUCACGAAUGCAAAGGGGAUAUACACAGUAGCAGAAACAAUGCCUGAGAGUGACCGUUGGGAAACAUGCUUAGCAAGGUCUAUCAGCAGCUUUCAUGAACACUGUAUCCAUCAAGGUGAUGCCCAUUCAGCAGUCAAGUUCGGUUACAAUCAUCCUUCAGGUUAUUCUCAUACUGUCAGGCCAUUCCUCUACAGGCCAGUCAAUGUUCCUAUGUACUGCAUUUAAAUUAUGCCUUACUAUACAUAAAUAUAUAAUAUAUUAGAAAAUCAUGUUGAUAUGAAAUCAGGCAGGAGAUGAGAUAAUGUUUAUUGGGAAUGUUGAAUCCUCAUAAUUUGUGUCACUGGCUGUUCUUUUUGGUCAUGAAAGUGGAAGAUUCUAUUUAUUUACUUCUUCUAUACCUCAAUGUGAAUGUGAAACUUGAUUGCCUCA